GUUGAUUGCAUUAAUUUGUAUUCAACCGAUACAGAUGGUGAGGCAAUGCAAGUUUCGGACUUGGAGAAUUUAAAAAUAAUAAAAUGAAUUAAAAAGAUAAUUCACAUAAAAUUUCGACUGAUAUAUUUUAUCUAAAAUAAUGUUGACGUGCGCAAGGCAACUUAGAACGUCCGGAUAUUAUUUCAAAUCAGAAGCAAGUUGAAAUAAUGAAUGUGUGCGUUUUAUACAAAAACAAAAACGUAGGAACUGACUUGUAUCUAUACAAAUGUGUUAAAAUAAGCUACCAACUUUUGAAAUUGCGAAUAUCAUUAUUAUUUACGAUGCACACUUUCAUCAUGCGGCCACCAACUUGAAUCAAGAAAUAACAUCGAUAGAAAAGUGUGACAUACAUACUGAGCAAAGUUGCGUUGUUGUUUCAAUUAUGCACAGCAAAGACGUCUUAAACGACAAGAUUGCAUCUGACACAAUGUGUCUGUCAUUAAAACGUUUGGGACGCAGCAAAGCUUACAAUGGCAUUUGAUUGAUGAAGUAUUGAUGAAGUGUUGCGCGAUUCAGGAAGCCAAGACUUUGAUGAUCGUGUCGUGUACAAACAUGUAUGCGCUGCCGAUUGUGUGAAAGGGAACACUACAUCGUGAUGGACAACAGGAUUUCAGUAAAAUCGGAUUGAUAUCGGAUUUAUGCUAAACGGCUCCAGUGUGCUCAUUUGAGUGUUUAAUCCCUCGCGUCUGAGCUCAACCAGUUUUGACUAUUGUUACACCUGUAUUGCUUAAACAAUUCUGAAUGCCAGGUGCUUAGCGGGAGGGCAAUCGUUCUAUUUAGCCACGUUGAUCGACAACCAGCUAUAACACACAAACUGCCUUUGGCGGCUCGACCUUUUCACAUUUAGAAAAGAAAGUCUUUCAGCUCUUUAAAACAAACUUCGGAGGAAGAACACAUAGAUAAAACAAAUUGAGCCGCACCUGAUUGCGCACUAUGUCAUCUCAUCCGGAUUUCAGUGUACCAGAAAAAUCAUUUUACUGGGUAGAGAUGAUCCCAUCUAUAGUAAAACCGCAAGAUGGUAGCAAGGGAUGCUCCGAGGGCGCUCCAAACUGUGCGUGGAAAACCAUGGGUAACUCCAACGUCAUAAAUGACGUCACGGUGUGUACGAGUAAUCCGGAAAAUAUCCACGAACAAAUAAAACAAAAGAUCCUUAUUCCGUUAACAAUACUGAUCAUUAUAACAAACUUACUAGUGUUUUUCUCGCUCGUUACAAACAGAAGGUUCUACACGCCAACCUAUAUUUUCAUCGGUUCAUUGGUCAUUUCUGACCUUUUUGUUGGGCUUGUUUCCAUCGUAACGGUUGUGACGAAAGCCAAUGAACAAACGCAGAACCAGUGUCUAGCGCGCAUCGGUGUCACGGUGGCCGCUAUUUCCGCUUCCGUUUGGUCGCUGACUUGCGUCGCCAUUGACCGCUACUUCGCCGUAACGCGGGCGUUAUUGUAUCGAUCGAUAAUGACGAAAAAAAGGACGUCAAUUGGAAUAGCAUGGAGCUGGAUGUUUUCUGUGAUGAUUGGGUUCCUUCCAAUCAUGGGGUGGAAAGACGACGUGAAGAAAUACAAACAGUACUGUUCAUUUAUGUUCGUGCUCGACAAAUACUACAUUGUGUUCAUUUUUGUAGUUUCCGCCAUAAUACCGAUUGGGUUAAUGUUUAUUCUAUACGGAGUUUUAUUUAAAAGUUCCAGAUUUCAUAUCAAGCAGAUUGAAACGAUUGAGAGAAUACAGUCUGACAAGAGAAACAGCGGCAUGUUCGGCCUGUCAACAAGGACGCUGCGUUCUGUGAAAACAUUCGCCGCGGUCCUUGGUUGCGUUAUCAUCACGUGGUUGCCUCUAAUUAUAGCCACUUCCGUUAAGUUCGCAGUAAAUAAUUGCGAAUUGCAGGAAAUUGUGGGAACGCAUUUGCUCGUGUUAGGAUUUUCAAAUUCAGUUUCUAAAUCCGCUGAUUUACGCCAUUGGAACAAAGGAUUUUCGAGACAAAGUGUCGCAUUUGUGCAGAGGUCGUUGUUACGUCACGAAUUCCCAAGUGCUGCCUACUCCACAGGCGUAGAGCUGUUACGUGCGCUUGAAACGCUGGAAGAGUGUUACAAUAAUUAAAAGCAUUUUGUUAUUGACACGAAUAUACUAAAUUUGAUUUAACUUGUGUUAAAUUAGGUGUUAAUUAACCGUGCAAACAUCACAUAUAAAAUGUAUACACAUGAAUCGCAGCACAUACAUAGAUAAUAAGAGGUUUCAACCCUA